AUGCCUUCAGACAGGAUUGUCGACAAGAUCGCCGCGCUGCCCGAGGACAGCACCUAUUUCUCCCUCGAGUUCUUCCCGCCAAAGACUCAGCAGGGUUUCGCAAAUCUCCACGCCCGUCUUUCUCGCAUGGCACACUCAUUACGGCCAUUAUUCGUCAAUGUAACAUGGGGUGCUGGUGGCAGCACUUCGACAAAAUCGCUGGCUCUCGCCGACAUGACGCAGCGCCAAUUGGGUCUCACUACUUGUCUGCAUUUGACAUGUACGAACAUGUCGCGGAAGCUCAUUGAUGAAGCUCUGGAACAAGCAAAAGCAUUGGGAAUCAGGAACAUUCUUGCCCUGAGAGGCGACCCUCCACGAAGUGACGAGUACCGCUCGAACGAGCUGGAGAACGAGGAAGAGGACGACAGCAACAAGGAAUUCACAUGGGCCGUAGAUCUGGUACGCUACAUUCGCAAGGAGUACGGCCAGUACUUCUGCAUUGGUGUUGCUGCAUACCCCGAAGGCCACUCCGAUCAAUCACAUCCCGAGCAUCAGCAUGCCACCUACGACCUGCCAUUCCUGGUCGAAAAAGUCGAGGCUGGCGCCGACUUCCUUAUGACCCAACUUUUCUACGACGUUCACGCAUACCAAGAUUACGAGAAGCUGCUCAGACAGCACGAGAGCGGUGCUUUCAAGACUAUCCCCAUCAUCCCUGGCCUUAUGCCCAUUCAGAGCUACCAGAUCUUGAAGAGAACCACCAAGCUCAGCCACGCCAACCUUCCCUCCGAGCUCUCCAACAGACUCGAGCCCAUCAAGAACGACGACGAGGCUGUUAAGCGCGCUGGUGUCGACAUCCUGAGUGAGAUGGUUGAAACGCUCAAGAAGAACUCCUACUCCGGACCUAAAGGAUUCCACUUCUACACUCUCAACCUCGAAAAGGCUGUCGCACACAUCGUUGAACGUUGUAAGUUGAUCGGUGCAGUCAACAACGUAGCUGUGGAGGACGAUGACACACCAGUUGCAAACGGAAACGGUGACAAGAAAGCAAAGGCUCGUCGCAGAUCCUCAAUCGCAAACUCGGCACCUCAAAACCGUGUUGUCAUCGACAAGACCUCAAGGUCGGCGUCAAGUGGAAGCGCGACCUUCGAGGCAUUCGACGAUGAAGCUGGUGUGCCAGGCGAGGACCCACCAUCGCGCAAGGAUGCUCUGGCGAUCUCAGAAGGUGAGGGUGCUUUGGGACGAGAGGCCACAUGGGAUGACUUCCCCAACGGAAGAUGGGGUGACGCUCGCAGUCCUGCAUAUGGUGAGAUCGAUGGUUAUGGUGUCAGUCUGCAUGUGUCUAUCCCGAGCGCACUGAAGCUGUGGGGCUACCCAGUCGACACAAAGGACAUCACAAGCAUUUUCGCGCGCCAUGUGCGUGGCGAACUCGAUGCCAUCCCUUGGAGCGAGGAAGGUCUCAACCCUGAGACAGAAACGAUCAGAGAAGAGUUGGCUGGCUUGAUCUCGAAGGGCUGGUGGACCGUAGCUUCCCAGCCUGGUGUCAACGGCUUCCGCAGCGACCAUGAGAUCUUCGGAUGGGGUCCGCCCAACGGCUUCGUCUUCCAGAAGCCAUUCGUUGAAUUCUUCUGCUCACACGAAGACUGGACACGACUACGCACCAAGCUCGACAAGGAUGAUCAAGUUACAUAUUUCGCAUGCAACGGCAAGGGCGACUUCCAAGCAGCCGACGAAGAGAGCUUGAACCCAGUGACAUGGGGCUGCUUCACUGGCAAAGAAAUCGUCACACCCACCAUGAUCGAAGCAGUCUCCUUCCGCGCCUGGGCCGAAGAGGCUUUUGGCAUCUGGACAGAAUGGCGUCACGUAUACCCCCCUCGCUCGCCAUCUGCCAAACUGCUACGCGAGAUCAGAGAUAACUACUGGCUUGUUAACAUCAUCCAUCACGACUUUACCGAAAACAACGGCUUGUGGAAGAUGCUCUUGGAAGCAUAG